GUGGACGCGACGACGUGGCUACAUGCUAAUGCUGCUAACUGGAGUCGGUAGAGGAGAGGAGCUGCAUUAGAGUCCAGGACGAAGCACAACACACAUCUUACGGUUGUUAUAAAGUGCAAUAAAAUCUGAGCAAUGGGUCAUUCAUCCUAAGGCCGUUUGUAACCAGAAGGGCCCCGGAUUCCAUCCUGGGACGGGCCAAUGGCUGGGGUGCCCCUGAGCAAGGCACCCAAUCCCCAUUGCUCCCCAGGUGUUGGUAGAAAAACUCAACAUGGCGGCACCAGUGUCUGUGCUGCGUCUGCCCAAAGGUCCAGACCCCAACAGCCGUGGGUUUGACCCCAAGUCACCCCGUUUCAUAGCUCUUUGUCGCACCUCCAUUUCCAUGUCUGCCGCCUCAGAGGCCGACCCAGAGGAGCAGCAGAGAGAGCAGCAUGCACGGACCACGCUGAGGGAAAGAUUCCUGCACUGUCUGCUUGCCAUGACCAACAAAAAGGUUCAGUUUCACAUGUAUGAGAAGGUGAAGGUGGAGGCCACGUUUGGAGCUUCUGACAUUGACAUGCUGCACUUUCAGGUGUCGGACUUGCACACGCCGAUUGGUGUACAGAAAGAGGCACUGAUCAGGUGUCAUGAUGUGAUUUCGUUAACGUUUGACGCAUGAAUACCCGAGGAUUUGUUACUUGUUACUUGCUUUUUUUGGUCACUGAGGAAUCACAUUUGUUGGGAUCUGUUUUCACACCAUGAGAUUGUAAAUCAAUCUUUUUUUUUUCUUUUUUAUUAAUUUGCUGCAGGGUGAGGCUGUAUAUUGUUUUGUUUUUUCCAGUCCUCUUUGAUCAAAAGAUCAUACUGAUGAAACUUGCGUCCAACAGUAACAGGAGCUCCCACUUUUCACCACAAGAGGGCGUCAUCCCUGUGUUUUAAGGCACAUUUCAAACCUGAUAGGCCUGUUAUUUUGUACUGGAAUUGAAUGAUGCACAGAUCAGUCAAAUAUUAGACAUUUUUUCAUAAAAUAGUGACAAAAUAUUAUAUUUAGCUGAAAAUGUCAUGUUUUUGUAAUAUGUUGCAAGAAAUGUUGUAUCCUAGUAUUGCAUCUGACAUUUGAGCAGGUAGGGGUGUUCUGUUUAUGGGGACCACAGCCAAGUCUCUUGAUUCUGUGUUUCAUUUUCUGAUGUUUACUUUCCCUGGUAAACUUUGACAUAUGAAACGUUGCACUUAAAAUAGUUUAAGAAAAUAAAAGUAUACCACUUUGUUUGCCACUACACUGUGUUUUCUAAUAACACCGAAAACAUGAGCAGCAAAGACUUUGAACUGUUGUAUAAAUUACACAACAAUAUUAUCAAACAAAUGUAUCAUAUUUUGUUGUAAUUUUUUAUAAUUUAAACACAAACUGUUUCCCCAGAUAGUUGUCAGAACUCUAAUAGACAUGUCAGUGAUACUAUGUCACUGUAUGACCAUCUAAUUACACUCAGAUAGGUUGACAUUUUGAUAAAUAAAUUGCAAGUUUAAGUAAAACAAA